AUGUCAGACUUAUACGCCCCUGGUUCUCCUCCAAUUUACUAUCAAUCACUUGCAAUAUUCUUUGGGUAUCUCGCCAUCGCUGCUGGGCUAAUCAUCAGCAUAAUCCGUUUGAUUGGCGCCCGGUUUCAGGCUCGCCAAAAGAAAAAUGAGUGGGCUUCACCCCAGCGACGCACACAAUUCUAUCUCUUCUCCAUUCUGUCAGCCUUGAGUCUUGGCUUUACCUGGUUUCAUAUGAUCUGUUUGUUCGUGUGGUCAUACCGUAAUUGGUUUUCGAGCCCAGACGGGCUGAUGUAUUCGGACGUAGACAUGCAUGUCAUCGUUAAAAUCGGCCUCUGGCUCAAGAAUACAUAUGUCUUCCAGGAAGCUUGGGAGACAGUUUCCGAGAAUGCAGCACGAUUUUGGUGGAGCGGGCAGAUCUUUGGCUGGACAAUCGGGUGGAGUAUCUUCCUUGGUAUCACCGGCCGGAGAUAUCGCAUCCCGCAUGUUUGGAUUUACAUGCUUAUUGCCCAGGCUGUCAGUGUAUCCUUUGCGGCGAAUCUCUUCUUUGCAGCCAUCACUGUGUCGCAAAAGCCCAACGAAAAGGAAGGUAUCUUUGCAUGGUCACCUGCGCUGGUAUACGAACUUCUCCCAGUCAUCUUCUCAAUCCUCGACACGGUGGCUGUCCCAAUCUUCGCGUAUAAGAAGGAAUUCAUGUGGAUCCUUUUGGCGCCCCACGCUAUGGUUUUUGUUCCCUGCGUAUUGCGUCCAAAUGCUACCAACUCAAAGGCACAUAUUACGAAAGUCCAGGGAGACCAAACGACCAAGCGAUAUGCUGUAUUCAUCGCUUGGAUUGCAGCCGCCUCCGUUGCUGUGCAGGCCUACUUGACUGCGUUGAUGUUGCAAGAGAUCGGUCCUGCGUUAUCGUAUGCUGAGGUGGCUCAGCAACUGCUGGAUACGGUCUAUGUUCACCCGGCAUGCAGUAGCGUGAGCUGGGAUGUCAUUUUCUGCACACUGAGUUCUUUUGCCUGGGCUAUUGUGCAUGGAUUUGACACGAACCUUAUGCUUGGGGGACAGUAA